AUGUUUGCUUUCGCUGCACUUUCCCGCUCAGUGUUGACAACACAGGCAGAAGAGAAGGCCUUCCUUGACUGGAUGCGCCAGACAAACAACAUUUUUGUUGGCGAAGAAUUCCAUUUCAGAAAGGGAAUUUUCCUCACACACAAGCGUUUCGUUGAAGAGCACAACAGAAAGUCAUCUUUCCGCUGCGGCCUUAACCAGUUCGCUCACCUUACACCAUCCGAAUACCAAGAACUCCUCGGCUACAAGCAAAUGAAGCAGAAAGAAGAAGUUGAGUUCGCUCCACUUAAGAACUUCAACGCUCCAGACAGCUUCGACUGGCGUGAGAAGGGCGUUGUCAACGCCAUCAAGGAUCAGGGCCAGUGCGGUUCCUGCUGGGCUUUCUCAUCCAUUCAGGCUCAAGAAUCACAGUGGGCUAUCCACCACCCAGGAGAGCUCUACGACCUUGCUGAGCAGCAGCUCGUUGACUGCGUUCACGACUGCUUCGGCUGCAACGGUGGAAACGUUGGCUGGGCUUACACAUGGGUAAAGCUUUUCGAGCACGGCAUGUUCAUGUUACAGAAGGACUACCCAUACACAGCUAAGGAUGGCAAGUGCGCUUUCGACAAGUCUAAGGGCAUCACAAAGAUCACAACACACAAGAAGGCUUCACACGAUGAAGAGGCUCUCAAGACAUCCGUUGCAGAAAACGGACCACACGCUAUCGCUAUCGAUGCUGGCCACGAUUCCUUCAUGAUGUACGAAUCUGGUGUUUACGAGGAUGCUUCCUGCUCUUCUUCUACACUCGACCACGCUGUCGGCCUUGUUGGCUACGGUGUUGACGGAGACAAGGACUUCUGGCUCGUCCGUAACUCAUGGUCCACAACAUGGGGUGAACAGGGCUACGUCAGAAUCCGCCGUAACUACCACAACAUGUGCGGCGUCGCUUCUGAACCAAUGUUCCCAGUCGUUGAAUAA